AUGCGACGACCGGGUCUGGAUGUUUCGAUCGACCAAUCUCUUUUUGUGCUCCACUAUCAUACCUCCACCGGGGCUAACCAGACAAAGUCACAGCCAAAUUACAUUUCUUCCACCGGAAAAGUAGCCAAGAAUCCGACACCACCCCUUUUGCUAGCUUCCCUUCAUAUAGCUCCCGGAUUGUUGUUGCGUAUAAGUUCUUGCGAUGACACUUGA